AAAAAUAUUAAAAACGAAACAUCUAAUUAUGAAAUAACUUUAAUUUUUUUUAAAAAAUUCAAAUAACUUUAUUUUUUUUAAAUAAAUAUUUACUCAGUUAAAAUAAUUUUUUUGUUUGUAAAUGUAUACUCGUCCAUGAGUAAGAGGAAAUCACCUAGUAUCAAACAUAUACGUUAACAAGGUGUGUAAUUAUUGUUGUGGUUUUUUCGAACAUUAUCUUAUACUACUAUAUUUUUCACAACAAAAGACUAUUCUAAUCGUAUGUAGAUUCAAGAUCCGAUAGCCACCUCGGAAGAACUAAAUCAACAUAAAAUUUGCUUAUGUAUUUUUGUUAUGGUUAUACUGGAUUGUACCAAUAUAAAGAAAAAAGAAAAGAAAACUAAAUAUUAAGUAAACUGAAAAUUUUUAAGGGGAAUUGCCACUAAUACCACUUUCCUAAUACCACUUUUCAUUUAUACCUUAACCAACUUUACCAUCAAAAUUUUAACAGAAAAUGACCAUUAUGUCCCUAAUUAAUUUCUAUCUUCUUCCUCGAUGUGAGAAUCCGGCGAGCUCCGGCAAAAGACAACUAUCGGAUAUGUGAGAUUCUGAGGAGAUUUAACGACGCUUCCCGACGAGAUUUGAUGAAUACUGACGAGUUUCCGACGAGAUCUGAUGACGCUGACGAGUUUUCCGGCGAGAUCUCACGACAAUGACGAGUUCUCCACGAAGCUAACAGACUUUACAAGCUCAAACGAACGAGACGAUCUCUCUCCCAACACUUAAGAAACGCUAACAAAGGUAAGAGGAUAAUAGAUGGUGAUUUUCGUCUCUUUCUGUAAUUGUAGGUUGGUAUAUCAAAUUCGAUCAAUUUCUAGGAAGGAAGACGAAGUUUUGAAGUUUUUCUCAUGAAGUUUUCAAAUCUCAAAUUUAUAAGACCUUAUAAAUUGGGUCCUUUGGAAUCUUAUUGUUGAUCUGUUAGCAAUCAAAAGACAUAGAACUUAACAUAUAUUUAAAUCAUGAGAAAUUACUAACUUAAGAUUAAGAUUAUUCCAUGAUUUCUUCUUCUCUUGGUUGAUAUGUUAAUGUUGCAGGAAAUUACAAAGGUGUGGUAUGGGCUUUUGGAUUUAAGGGAUGCUGUGGAGAAUAUGUGUGAUGAUAUGCAUAUCAAGUACCUCACUUUCUUGAGGUAAUACAAUGAUGCCAUUUGUAGUUUGACUAGCAAGGUUUAGUAUGUGCAGUAUGUGAGGUGGAAGGUUGGUGUUUUGGUAGUGUAAUGUUCUGUUUGGUACUAUAUGAGAUUCAUUUUUUAUGUCUUGUUUUGUGUAUAAUAUCUAUAGAAGCAGUGGAGAUGGAGCAUGAGUUUGUUGAGUUACCAAAGCAUAUUAUUUUUGAAUCUUGUUUUUGUAAGUGAGUGAUGAUGCGUAUGAAUAACAUGUGAUUGGCUUGCACUCAGAUUUUGAAGAUCGACGAGGUUGGUGAGCUGUUUGAAGAAGCAAGAUGAACUCUGAACAAGAAUGUGGUUUGUAUGAUCAAAGAAUUAAAUAUUUAUAACUCUUUAUAAAAGUUGCAGAGUUGGCUUCUUUAUACAUCCUUCUCUCUCAUCUUCUUCAGACAUCUCUUAUAUUAAACCAAUUAUAUAUCCUCUUACGAGUUGCAUAGUUGAAGAGAUUAGUUCGACAUGUAAAUAAGUGUGUUUCCAAUCGUUUCUUUUAUAGAAGAAUGAGAUAUGGAGAAGCCUUGAUAUCCUCAGAUCAUGUUAGUAACAACUAACAAAAACUGAGUUUUGCAAGUACAAACUCUAUUGGAGCUAGAUUCAAAUGAUUUACAAAGCUUUAUAAAUUAGUUUAUAAAUAUUUAUAAUUAACUUAUAGACUGCAGUAGAUAUUUUAUAAAGUAUUACAAAUCUAUUUAUAAACCUAUAUGAAUCAAUUUAUACAUUCUUGUAAAUCAAAAUAAAAUAUCCCAAGUCUACUGAUUGCUUGAAGAGCUCAUCAACUUGGUGCUCCCCAAUCCGCCAUGGCUCUAUGAUGAUGAUGCCUUCUACUCCUCUUGCUUGGCGGUUUGAUUCAGCUGAAUUCACACUCAAAGAAGACUAUAACGACUUCUUUCUAAAUGUAUGUUUCUUAAUGUCUCAAGAAGCAUUCAUCCUUCAGAUUAAGUACUAGUAACAAGCAACUAUCUUUUAACAAUGCUUUAUUUCUUAAUAUACUUACAAUGCUUUGUCAUACACUCUACACCUGAUUUCAUGAAAUAAAAAGUUGUAACACUUCAAAAUACCACUAACCUGAUUCUUCUGAUAUGUUUUUUGGCUGAAUAGAUAUUUCUCUAACAGCUUAAAAAGACUCUCUAAAUUAUUUAUAAAUCUUUUGAUAAAGUCUUAUAAAACCUUUAUAUUUUUUUUGUAAACCCUAUCCAAACUCUUCAAAACCCAUUAAAAUCUUUUAUAAACCCUUAUAAAUCUUUUUUUUUGUCAACAUUCUUUUCAUUUAAGCCUCAUGGGCUGAAAUUAUAUAUGGGCACAAGUCUUUCGGCUUAAAGCCCAACACUUUGAUACACAAGAUUAAAUUCAUAAAAAUAAAGAACACGUGCAUGUUUUAUAAAGAGAUGAUGAUACGUGGCAUAUUCUGAGGCACAUGCGGACAGCGAACAAUGAUCCACCGCUUCAGACCCCACCGCUUCAGCUCCACGAACGAAGAAACCUCCUUUGUUGAACUUACAAAUCUUAUAUGUCUUUAUAAAUGGUUUAUAGACUCCUACAAAUAAUUUUACAUACCCUUAUAAAUUAUUUUAUAAUGGUGUAUCAAUUUUAUAAAUUAUUUUUAUAAACCUUAUAAAUUAUUUAUAUACCUUUAUAAACCCUUAUAAACUAUUAUACAAACCAUUAUAAGUUGUUUUAUCAAGCUUUCUAAAUGGUUAUAGACUCUUUUAGUUGAUUUAUAAACCUAUACAACUCUUAUAAUACCCCCUUAUAAAUUGAAUAUAUGCUUUCAUAACAUUUUUAUAAACUUUUAUAAAUAGUUUAUAAAUUGCUUUUAUAAACCCUUAUAAAUUAUUUACAUUCAUCAAUAAUCAUAGAUUUACCCCCAUUGGUUGAUCUGAGAAAGUGAACUAUAGAUCUUAGAGACUCUUACAAAUAAUUUAUAAACAUUUAUAAAUCGCUUAUAAACUUACAAAAAUGUUUUAUAAACAUUUGUAAAUGAUUUAUAAACUCUUAUUUGCCCUUUAAAUUUCUUUUCUCUUCACUUUUAUCUUCUUUCAUGUGUUAUUGCUCUAUAUCAUAUAUACUGCAAAAAGUAAAUCCACAAAAUUUUGUUCCCAUUCACUUUUCUUCUUUUUAUAUCCUUGUUGAACUAAUUGUACAACACUGUCAAAAUCUAUGUCAUUAAGAUCUGGAUGCAUCACCAAAUGUUUGUAUUCCUUAGAGAAUCCAAACAUUGUAUUAACCAAAAAAUGUAACAAAUAAUAAACAAGUUUUAUAAGUCUCCCAAAUCUCUAAUUUACAAAUUUAUAAACCCAUAUAAAACUACAUUUAUAAUCUUUUAUAAAAUGCUUCACAUUAUUGACCAAGACACCGAUUGGAUAAUCACUUUUGGAUUGUCUAGUGGAUCUGUUCCAGCUUGAUAAAUCCUCAGAGGAAUCACGAAGAUGUGCAAAAUUCAUUGCUAUCUAACUGCCUGACGAAAUAAAAAGAUAAUGUUAACUUUUAAUCGUGUAAAGAUACUUUAUCCAAGCAUAAUGUUCAAGUAUUUUGGUAACAGUCUUACAAAGAAUAUAGGAUAACACAACACAAGACUUCUCAUGUUCACACGUUUAUAUGUUGUUCUAUAGAUAUAUACGAUGAACUCUUGUUUAAGAACUUCUUUUAUAACACCUUGUAAAUCGUUGAGAUGUAUUAUCAUCAUUAUCCUAAAACCCAGAUUUAUAAGGGGUUAUAAUUCCUUAAUAUGCAGUGUACUAUUGGAAAAUACCUCUCUUAAAUCGACAUGUUCAAAUGAGAAGUCUGAAGCAUCAAUGAUAUGAACUUAAUAAAACGAUGAUAUGAACUUCUAAUCAUGGUCUAAGAUGGAUAAGCAUAGUGUUCAUGUAUUUCGACAAAAGUCUUACAAAUAAUAUAGGAUAACACAACAAAAGACUUCUUGAGUUCACACAUUUAUAUGUAUAGACAUAUACAACUCUUGUUAAAAAUACUUCUUUUAUAGAACCCUGUAAAUCGUUGAGUUGCAUUAUCAACAAUAACCUAAAAUCUAGAUUUAUAAGGGGUUAUAAUUCUUUAAUAUGCAAUGUUUACUAUCGAUAAUCUCUCUCUUAGCCGGAACCCUUCAGAUGACAAAUCCAAAUUAACUGUAUUCUAUUUUUGGAUAACAGAAAGGAGAAAACCCUAAAAUUACUUAAAACUCAGAUUUAUAAAUGGUUCUAAGUUGCCAAGCUCAAUAUUCACUAUCAAAACUGUUUCUUUUAGAUCAACAUGUUCAAAUGAGAAGUCUAAAGCAAUCUUGUUUGAUUGUUUCAUUGGAAACUUUUUCAGAAAUUAUAAGGAACCAAGAUAGACAGAACUGUCACUAAUCAGCCAAAAAAAGAAACUAAAUCAACAUAUUUGGAAGAAAGAGAGAAGCUAAUUUAAAAAGUCUUACUUUCAUAAUUCAUCGUAGAAAGAUCAAUUGAUACUAAAACACAAACUCGUUAAAGACAUACACACUGAAUUUCAUGAAUACGACGACGGCAGGGCUCGAUGAAGAAGACGACGAACUCGUUAAAAACAUACACGGUGAAGCUCAUAAAUACAGCAACGACAUGUUUGAGGAAGACGAAAGAGAAGCUUGACGAAGAAGACGACGAACUCGUUAAAGACGGACACCGUGAAACUCAUGAAUACGGCGACGGCGGAUCUCCACGAGAGAGAAGAUAGAUCUGAAAAGAGGCGUUUAUGGUUGAAGAUAAGGAAAGGUUAAUUUAGUCUUUUGCCAUUUAAUGAAGAAGAUAUUUUUGAAAAUGUCCAUUUAGUGGUGGUAAAAGUGAAAAGUGGUACACCACAAAGUGUAUAAUUGAAAUUCCCCCCUUUUUUAAUUGUGGCAAAAUAUAAUAUUUUCACUAAAGAUACCCAGAGGUAUGAUAUAAGAAGAUUUUUAAUUAUUUGAUCAAAAGUAUGUUUGUGGUAAAAUCAGUUUUAAUAAAAAUAUUAGUUUACAUUUUAAAAAUAAAUACCAUUUUUUGAGAAAUUAUGUUAUACAAUUAAGAGAAUUUGUACUCCCUACCCACCAUAUAUCCCCUAUUUGCACUCCAUACACUAUAUCUCUCCAAUUUUUUUCCCCCCAUCAUUACCAUUUUCUCCCUAUUCCAUGGUAUCUCACCUUUUUUGGUAUAUUCAGCAAAUUAGCUCUACAAUUAAAGGGUUUUGUAGAAACUUUUUAGUCUUGCUGUAAUUGUAAACAUUUUUUUGUAAACUAAAGAAUUUACAAAAUUUAACCAACACGUCAAUAUAAUAAUAAGAAAAUAUUAUUAUUGAACUAGAGAUUUCUUUGUUUAAGUUAUUUAAAAUUUGUUUGUAAUUAUCUAAGAAAUUUAUAGAUAUAAGGAAAAUAUUUUUAUUACUUCGAAAGUAUAUUUUAUGUUGUUUAUAUUAUGUUUUAAAGGAAAUAUUAUUUUUUAUUAAUGUCAGGAUUAUUUUUGUUAACUUUCCUUUUCUUAUGAAAUCACAUUACAUAUAAAAAUAUUUCUUCUUUUGAAUUCAUAUUAAAAUUUAUAAAUGUUUUUUGUUGUAUAUUUUAUUGGAAAAAGAUUAAAAAGGAAACAUCUAAUUAUGAAAUAACUUUAAUUUUUAAAAAAAAUUCAAAUAACUUUAUUUUGCUUUUUUAAAUAAAUAUUUACUCAGUAAAAAUAAUUUUUUUGUUUGUAAAUGUGUACUCGUCCAUGAGUACGAGAGAAUCACCUAGUAUCAAACAUAUACGUUAACAAGGUGUGUAAUUAUUGUUGUGGUUUUUUCGAACAUUAUCUUAUACUACUAUAUUUUUCACAACAAAAGACUAUUAUAAUCGUAUGUAGAUUCAAGAUCCGAUAGCCACCUCGGAAGAACUAAAUCAACAUAAACCAUAACAGAAGACAGAUUCCAAACACCUCGUGCCAUGUUAAGGCACAAUAGUAUGUUUUAGUGUUGAUUUUCUUAUGGUAACGCUAAUUAUGAAUCAUUACCCAGUAAUUAGAAUUAUUUGUUAUUUCUCUGAAAGUGGCUAAUCUUUUCAUAGUGCUUCUAUGGAUCUGUAGGGUCCCAAUUACUAAAUUUGGUGUAUCAUAGUGGUUUUAACUAAUAAGUUUAUACAAAUCAACCCAAACUCAAAUCUCCAAAGUUGUUUUUAGAUUUGUUUUGUUAAACUCUUUUUUGUUCGAGAAAAAAACAUACGUAACUGGUUAUUUGAAUACCAAAUAGAAAAUAUUUUAAAAUAUCAAUUAUUUUAGAUAUGUUAUUUAAAUAUUUUGUUUUCUAAAUCCAAAACUUUGAAUGUUAAAAACUGCACCGCAGUUAAUAAUAACAAUAUGUAUGUAUAUUUAUAUAUUUUUGUUAUUAAUUAUUAGAACCGCAUCGCGGUGUUUCGCGUUAUUCGAACCUAAUAAAUUUUGGAGCGUUUUCUUUCUCUUUCGUUUCUUGUUAUGUGAUUGUGUUAACAUCUUCUCUUUUUUAUUCUAACAUUACAAUCUUUCAAGUUUUGUGUUACGGUACAUUUAUGCUAGUGCUGAUUUGUUUACGGUACUUUCUUUUUGUCAACGUUAUGAAUAUAUACCACACGAUCUUGUUUGUUAUUUUUUAAGUGACCAAUAAUUUCUAGUGCUUUACCUUUUUCGCUUUUAUCUAUUAAUUUCUGUCACUAACUUAUAUUUUUUUAUGGUAGGGCUGAUUUGAUCUACUGUUUUGUUUAUUAAAUUUUAAAACAUGCCUCCAAUAACAUAGCUCUUGAAAGCACAAAAGAGAUAAAAGAAAGAAAAAGCUAAUGCUUUAGUGAAAUCACUACAAACUCUGUAAACAUGUUUCUUGCAAAAUCUGCCAAUUUUAUUGAAUCCGCUAGAAUUAAUUUAUGAAUUUUGUGAUCCACUGGAAGAUGAGUAUGAGAAUUUUUUUGAGAAUUUUAAUUAAGAAGAUAAGGAUGAUUACAUUGAAAAGGAUAAUAAUCCAAGUGAUAAAGAAAUAAAGAUAUGAAUGAUCAAAAGAAUAAGGAACGGGAGAGUGUUAUCCAAGCUCAUAAUUUAUUUAUCAAUAUUGUUGAUGCUUCUAUUUCAGUCGCCCCAUAUAAACGAAGCUUUUCCAAAUUAAGGUUAAUAAAGUUGUAUCUGCGAUUAAUUAUCAUGUUACUAGAAAGAUUGAAUGAUUUAGCAAUGAUAUAUAUACAAAGAGAACAACUUAAAAAUCUAGACUACGAAAAUUUGGUAAAAGAGUACUGAAAAAUAAAGAAAAAACCAAGUAGAAGUGACCAUUAGUUAGAAAGGGAUAUUUAGGGCUGCAAGGGUCAUGGAUGUGGUCAUUAUGCAAAUGAGUCUCCUAAUAAGGGAAUCAUGGUUCUUUUGGACAAUGGGAAAAUUGAGACUGAAGACGGAUGAGUGUCCAAUUCUGUGUCUUCAGUGAGGAACCACCAGCCAAAGGCGACCUACUGGUUGCACGAAAGAGUUUGAGUGUUCAAACUGGUGUGGAAGAGAAGGAGCAGAGGAAAUAUUUUUGUUCCGUACUCGAAGAAAAGUAGAUAAAGUGUGUAGUUUCAUCAUCUAUGGUGGGAGUUGUACCAACGUGGCCAGUUACACCAUGCUCAAAAAAAUUGGUUUGGAAAGAGGAAAACACUUAUAUGUUGCAAUGGCUGAACAACCUAGGAGAUAUGAAGGUCACCAUACAGGUGAUUGUUCGUAUGACCUUUGAAAGAUACCAAGAUGAAGUUUUGGUGAUGUAUUGUCUUUGAAGAGAUUGACGAAAGUCGGAAAAUGGCAAAAAAAAAAAGAAAAAAAUUUGGUAAAAAAGGAAAAAGAAUGAUGACUAUUAAGUUGAUAUAUUUUAUCAUAUUUUCAAUUUGUUGCCCUGCAAGGAUUAAGACCAUACUUUUGUAAAAUAUUGAUAAAUAAAUUUAAAAUUUCCUGAAAACAUUUAUUUAAAACUAUUAUUUGACGGGUCCAAGAAUCAAAUCGUGCCUAUAAAAUCUAGUGUUGAAAAUAGGUUCAAUAUAAUCGGCCCAUCAAAAUGGAAAGCAUAACAAAUGUUGUACCAACAUACAAAUCUCAACUCUCUCUUUGUUCUCGAAAUGAAAUGAUCUCAGCAUGCAAACUCUUUUCCUUGCCCCUGAUAUCUUUUCCAGGCAAGUCUCCGAAGCUUUUUCCCUUAAAGGCCUUUCCUUCUCAAACAGGUGAAGUUCAAGAAAGUGAACGCCUGUUUAAAAAACUUCCACCUUCUAAAUGGGGCGAUCACUUCCUCUCUGCUCAUGUGGAUGCAUCGGAAAUGGACACGCUUGAGAGAGAGAUUGAGGCAGUAAAGCCAGUGGUGAGUGGCAUGAUCAUGUCUUCCCAAUGCCUGGAAUCGACUAAGAAGAAAAUCCUUAUGAUAUAUUUGCUAGUGAGCCUAGGUCUGAUGUAUCUCUUCGAGGACGAGAUCGAGGAGUGUCUAAAAGAGGGUUUUGGAAAGAUAGAGGAUAUGUUGGCCGGUGAAAAUGAUUUGUACACAGUCUCUACAAUCUUCUGGGUUUUCAGAACAUACGGUUACAACAUUUCUUCCGACGUGUUUGAGAGAUUCAAAGGGGGAAAUGGAAAUUUUAAGGAAUGUCUAAUCGAGGAUGCCAAGGGUAUGGUGAGCUUGUAUGAAGCCGCUCACUUGGGGACAACAGCAGAUUAUAUAUUGGACGAAGCUUUGAGCUUCACGACAAUAAAGUUAGAGUCAUUAGCUGAAACUGGAGCAAUUUCUUGUCAUAUCUCAACGCGUAUACGAAAUGCUCUUUGCAUGCCUCAGCAUUUUAAUGCCGAAAUGGUAUUCACAAGGGAAUACAUUUCAUUCUAUGAACAAGAAGAAUAUCACAACAAGAUGCUACUGAAAUUUGCUAAGCUCAAUUUCAAGUUCUUGCAGCUGAAUUGGAUUCAAGAACUGAAAACUUUCACCAAAUGGUGGAAGCAGUACGAUUUUGCAUCUAAACUCCCACCAUAUUUUAGGGAUAGGAUGCACGAGUGCUAUCUUUAUGGAUUAAUGAUAUAUUUCGAGCCCGAUACUCGCGAGGGAGAACUGCAGUUUUUAAAUUAAGCACGGUCUGGACCAUGAUUGACGACACAUGUGAUAGAUAUGG